AUGGCCGACACAUUUCGACCUUAUGCUGCACGAUGCCCGCCCCUUCGGCAGGCCCGAGGGACGCUGCUUAAUACUAUAAUGGAGGAUACCCGCGAGUCACAGUUUGUCGAGAAGGCUAUCACCAGUACACAGCAACAGAAGCCGGCUCUCGCUAGUCCCAAGUUGACCUUGAAGACUACUGGAUUGUCAUUACCGACUCACCACCGCAUUGCCAAGCUUCUGUCACCUUCAUCUGCAGUUUCCUCGUGUUGCUCAGAUGUCGACUGGCAACAACAGAUGCGAGGAUUCGACGAUCUCUACGAUGUCACGGACGAGGAGGACAUGUAUGAUGACGACUCGACUGAAAUCGUUUCCUCGUGUUUCUCUCCGGGAACACGACCAUCAAGCCUGGUGACACCGAUCACAAGGAAUUCAUACACCUCUACUGGAAGUCGUAGGCGCUCUCUGACUCUCGAGAUUCCAUCACCUACUUGCUGGCCAUCGAUGAAUGGAACUCACAAGAGCUCGCCUGUUCCUCCAACUCCUCCACCCAAGAUUCCUGUUUCCCCUGCGGCGCUCUCAAUGCUUGGCCAAUCUGUGCCUGCUUCAUACGCCCCACCAUCCCUUGAUGGAAGUCUUUCAUCGGACCAGGAUUCUCAUACUAGCGGACUGGCUACACCUGACACCCAGUCCCUUCCCGACGCCAGCUGGGAUAUACGAGACAUCCACGUUCGACCUUAUGUUGAUGGAAGCGACAAUGGCGACCUUGAGGAGGAUAACUCGGAGAUCCAAGAUAUUCCCAUUACCAUUGAGAGUUCAGAGGACGUUGACUGGCGCAGCGUCCUGGGAAGUUUCCCUCAGAUCCCAGCGGCUCUUCAAAACAGCCGGUACGAAGACCUGUCCCGGGAACCAACUCCCUCUAAUGAUGGUGUCUUCCUGCCUGAUGGUGCCCUGGCAAUGCUCCACCACAUCCAACUGGAUGGUGCACCAGGAACCUACUCCGAGACAUCUGAGGACAACGGUGAGAUGCGACAGCUUUUGGCACCUCCCAGUCGCCCACGAAGUGCCGAUGGUGUGACCCCAGCUUCGGAAAUGUCUGGAUAUAGCUUCAGCGAGUUGAGUAUCCCUUCCCCCGGUGGGUUCUUUGCUUCGCUCGCUCCACGUGCCCGCCACACCUGGUCUAUCCCAAACACUUCCAAUAUGCCUCCCUCGUCGGCCAUGGCCGAACGUUUCUACAACCUCCCUUGGCGUCAGGACGAAGGAGAGGUCGUUGAGCAGGUUAUUGAAUGGCCACAGCGCCCCGAGGGCGAGGAUCCGUUGACUGCGGUCCGAGAUGAACAAGGACCCCCGACUGCCAUCCGCAUCCCCUGCGAGACCCCCACUCGAACUGUCACUCACCAGGACAGCCCUAUGAGCGCGACUUUCGAUACAGUUCAAGAAAUCCCUCAGUCUGCAACCAUCCAAGAGUACGAUGAGACCUACGAUCUAGAGCUGCAGGAACGUGCUGCUGCAAGUCUUGACCGGACCGGCAUCUGGCUCGCUGCCCAAUCGACCUACAUGUCUGCUUUGAACGAAACCAACCCCAUGAAUGAGAUUGAUACUGAGGCCUCUACGGAUGUUGAGAAGGAGCUUCCAUCAACUACCGAGCCCAAGAAAGAAGUUCGAUUUGACGAGGGUACUCCACAGGCCCUCAGCCCUCUACCUCCCAUACUUGCCAGCAAAGACUCGAUUUACUGGCGUGGCUUUCAGUCAAUUCGCGAACGAGCCGACAUCCCUGAUGGCUUCCUUCACCGUAACGUGCGUUACGAUGCUAUCCAAUCAUUCCGUUUGGGACUGGUCGAUAACCACAUCAACUGCCUCACGGGAAAAUACGAACUUGUUCUUCCAGAGCGACCGGCGUACAAGGGGCCUUUCUCCAAGGCACCCCGCAACUCAACCAUCACUGGUGAAUUGGCUGAGAAGGCUCAGUUCUCUAAGCUCGGGAAAGAGCAACUCGUUCUCGCUCAGCUCUGUGAGCCCAUGUGGGCAAUGGAGGCUCUUCGCUCUCUCAACGGCAACAAACUCAUUACUAGCCCUGCUUCCAGACGCCUUGCAUUGACAAACAAGCCUAUCAAGGCCCAGCAGAAACCAGGUCGUCAGAUCCGGAUCUUGGACCUCGGCGGUCAGGCAACCUGCGAGUGGGCAUGGCACGUCGCUCACGAAUAUCCAAACGUGAAGGUCUACUCAGUCAACAACAAAAAGCAAGCCACCAACAGCGGAAUUAAGGGACCAUCAAACCACCGCGUGUUCUCUGUCAGCGACCUAUGGAAGCUUCCAUUCGGUGCCAACAAAUUUGAUGUUAUCACCACACGCUCUUUGCAUGCUCUCCUCAAGACCGAGUGCCCUGCCGGCUUCGAUCGGGACGAGUACGAUCUCGUCCUGCAAGAGUGCCUUCGCUGCCUCAAGCCCGGUGGCUUCCUGGAGUAUAUGCUGCUUGACGCCGGGAUCUCUCGCGCGGGUGAGAAGUCCACCACCGCAUCAGCUGAAUUCGCUUCCAAUCUCCGCAAGCACGGCUACAACCCAGCUGCAUCAAAGAGCUUCCUUGCUCGUCUUCGUAACACAGGAUUCGUGGGCAUCAAGCGCGCCUGGAUGUUCCUCCCAAUGGGCAUGGAGCCAGUUGAAGCCCAACCGCUACGUGAGACACCUCCACCACGUGUGCAGAGUGGAAUUGAAGAGUACGAAGCCGUACAUGGCCCCGUUGGCAGCACUGGUGACAUUGCUAGCAUCACUGGUUUACUUGGAGGGUGGAUGUGGGAGCAAUGGCUCAUUCAGUUUAGAAUGGAGAUGGGUCUGGAGCGAGGAAAGUUGCUUGAAGGUGUUGGAGCCAUUUUUGAUGAGGGACGCAAGAAUGGCGCGGGAUGGACAUGCUUGUCUGGUUGGGCUAUGAAGCCCAAGCCGGUGAAGCAGAUGGAACAAAUUUCUCGGUUUUAA